UGUAAUCUCGCGAUAUCCAGCCGUGUUUGUGUGUGGAUGUGCCGGGCCCUUCUCUCCUGCCUGGCUCGGCCUGUCAGCGGGAGCCUGGAGCCUGUAUGUUGGGCCGGUCAGUACACCCGGGGAGCUGCGCCCAGUGAGGCCUCUCUACCCUGCCCAGACCGGAGCCUGUCCUGGGCUCUCCACCAUGGCGUCCGAUAGUGACACCGAGGAGUUCUUCGAUGCUGCUGAGGAUGUGAACCUUUCCUGCUCCCCAGCUGUAUCGCCAACAAAGCCAGGAACGUUCAGUCUGCAGGAAGAAGUCACACAUUCCAAAAACAACGGGCCAGAAACUGGAACCACCGAACCAAAGCAAGAUGACUCUAAAGAGAUUAUUGAAAGUAUCAUUGAAGAAAGCCAGAAAUCCAGUGCCAUAGAGGAAAGCCCCUGUCCUACCGAAAAUGUGGAAACAAUAAGUCCCGCAAAAAAACCUGGAAAUAAAAAUCCAAAACAGUUGAGAAACAUCCCUGAAUUGGUGGUCACAGAGAUGACCUUUCACAACGAGCCAGAAGACCUUCUUCAUCAGGAAGAUGGGGACAUCACAGAGACAAAACCCAGUCAGAUGCCUGAUGUCUCCAUCCCCAUCAUUGAACAGUUGGUGGAGACCUCUAAAAUUGCAGAUAUUAUCGACUUGACAGAUAAUCGUAAAAUUAGGGAUAAGGACAAGCUUUUGGACAAAGCCAUUGAGCCUGAAGAGGAUACGGAAGAUAAGCCUAAAGAACCUUUGUCCGAAGAAACUUCCAGCUCUGAAACUAUAGAGCAGUUAGCGCCUGCUAAACCUCCCCGACAGAUCAAUGUUGAGCCUGAUAUUGUAGCAAGUACUAAGAAGUCUGGCCCAACACGUCCCCCAGCUCCUGUAAAUGUCCCUCCACCAAGACCGCCACCACCUGCACGGCCGGCUCCACCACCACGCAAGAAGAAAGGAGACUAUGAUUAUGACAGUCCAAGAUCUUCAGGACUGGAAUUUACAAAGGAUGCCUUUCUUUCUGGAGGACUCCUGUCUCCGAACAUCGUGGCAGAGAGUUUAAGCCGAGAUACGCAGCCGUCCUUGGAUCUAGCUAGUGCAACCAGUGGAGACAAAGUAGUGACUGCUCAGGAAAAUGGAAAGACAGCAGAUGGCCAGCUGUCCAGCUCACCGGCAGAGAGCUCUGGUCCCCAGAGGCCCCGGUCUAAUUCAGGAAGAGAGCUUACAGAUGAGGAGAUUUUGGCCAGCGUAAUGAUAAAAAAUCUGGACACUGGAGAAGAAAUCCCUCUGAGUUUGGCAGAAGAGAAGCUGCCAACAGGUAUUAAUCCACUGACCCUGCAUAUCAUGAGAAGGACAAAGGAGUAUGUCAGUAAUGAUGCUGCACAGUCUGACGAUGAAGAGAAGCUUCAAGCUCAUCAGUCGGAUACAGACGGAGGGAAACUGAAGCAGAAAACCACCCAGCUGAAAAAAUUCUUAGGAAAAAAAGUGAAAAGAGCAAAACAUCUGGCAGAGGAGUAUGGUGAGCGAGCAGUGAAUAAAGUGAAAAGCGUCCGAGAUGAAGUUUUUCACACUGAUCCAGAUGACCCAUCCUCCAGUGAUGAUGAGGGCAUGCCGUACACCAGGCCUGUGAAGUUUAAAGCUGCUCAUGGCUUUAAGGGUCCUUAUGACUUUGAGCAAAUCAAGGUUGUGCAAGAUCUGAGUGGAGAACAUAUGGGCGCUGUCUGGACAAUGAAGUUUUCACACUGUGGAAGGUUACUUGCCUCUGCCGGACAAGAUAACAUUGUGCGGAUAUGGGUUCUCAAAAACGCUUUUGAUUAUUUCAAUAAUAUGAGGAUCAAGUACAACACAGAAGGGCGAGUUUCUCCAUCGCCAUCUCAGGAAAGUCUUAAUUCUUCCAAAUCUGACACAGAUGCGGCUUACAGUGGAGCAGAUGAUAUGGAUCAAGAUGAUAAAAAUGCACCUUUUCGUCAGGUGCCCUUUUGUAAAUAUAAGGGACACACAGCUGAUCUUCUCGAUUUGUCCUGGUCAAAAAAUUACUUUUUACUGUCCUCAUCGAUGGAUAAGACAGUCCGCCUAUGGCACAUAUCCAGGAGGGAGUGCUUGUGUUGUUUCCAGCAUAUAGAUUUUGUCACGGCAAUAGCUUUCCAUCCAAGGGAUGACAGAUACUUCCUGAGUGGAUCCUUGGACGGGAAACUCCGGCUUUGGAACAUUCCGGACAAAAAAGUUGCCUUGUGGAAUGAAAUUGAUGGACAGACCAAGCUCAUUACUGCUGCCAAUUUCUGUCAGAACGGCAAACACGCUGUGAUUGGCACAUACGAUGGGAGGUGCAUAUUCUACGACACAGAGCAUCUGAAAUACCACACUCAAAUACAUGUGCGAUCCACAAGGGGGCGAAAUAGGGUCGGAAGAAAAAUCACUGGAAUAGAGCCAUUGCCUGGAGAAAACAAGAUCUUAGUAACGUCGAAUGAUUCCAGAAUAAGGCUGUACGACUUAAGAGACUUAUCUUUAUCCAUGAAAUACAAAGGCUGUGUGAACAGCAGCAGUCAGAUCAAAGCCAGCUUCAGCCAUGAUUUCACAUACAUCGUCAGUGGGUCUGAAGAUAAAUAUGUAUAUAUCUGGAGCACAUACCAUGACUUAAGCAAAUUCACGUCUGUAAGAAGAGACCGCAAUGAUUUCUGGGAGGGCAUUAAAGCACAUAAUGCAGUUGUCACAUCUGCGAUCUUUGCACCACAUCCGAACCUGAUAGUGCCACCAGAUGCAUCCACUGACCGACAAGACGCUGACCAGAAGGGGGAACAGGGAGAGUCUAUAGAUAACAUACCGUCAGGUGCAUUGAAGCCUGAUCACACAGAAGUGCUGCUUUCUGCAGAUUUUACCGGCGCAAUCAAGGUGUUCAUUAACAGGAAGAAAAAUCUAUCUUAAUUGUAAUGAACUUGACAGAAUGAGCCCGUUCUUUAAUAGUCGCCACACUUAAUAUAAAGAACAAAACUGACGUUGGCUGGCGGAUAUUACUGCAGCAGUCGGCUCCGACCACUUAUCUCAACCUUACAGUAAUACUACUGCCAGCAAAUGUCUCCAGCUAAUUAAUGCUCGGACAUCUUGUCUGGUGUAACUACCAUUCGGCACCUUUUAUCAUAUAUAAUUUAAACGCAUUUAUGGAGCCACUAUUGUUUUAUAAUAGUGUAGGAAUAUCCUGCAGCUUCGUUUUACAUCCAGGUCAAGAUCCUUGAAGAGGUUGUGUAGGCAUACUCUCCUGUUCUAAGUAAUAGGACCCGUGCACGAUGCCCGCAGGACGUGAGACGGUUGCUUUAGCAAACUGACCGCCCAGUGUGCCGUGGUAUCUCUUCUCUCCCAGUGUCCGAUCGGUUUAGAGAGAUUGAAUGCACAAUCCCUUCAAAGUGGAAGUCCACCUUUCAACUUCAUUAAAUUUUACGUCCCAGUUCGUGGGUAGAUUCAUCUUUUAUUUUACAAGCUAUCAGAGUACAUUUUUUUGCAUACAGGGCAGCAAAUCCAUAAAUAUAUAUGGUAUAUAUAAUGUCAAAUGAUAAACUUCUUUAUGUCUGCAGCCACCACCAGGGGGAGCUUAGUAGUUUACUGCUCCACCUAGUAGUGGCUCCUGGCAGCCAGAGUUUCAUCCUUUAGCACUACAUGUAUGCAUUAAUUUAUAUAUAAUAAGGUAUAUUGGGAAAAUUCAUUUGUUCAGAGUCAGAAAAAAGGGGACAUCCCCUUUAAAGAGAUUUGCCAGGUUCCAGUAUUGAUGACCCAUGCUCAUGAUGGGUCAUCCAUAUCAGAUCGGCAGGGGUCCAACCUUUGACACUCCUUCGUUCAGCUGUUUGACGAGAACGCAGCGCUCCUAUUUACAUGUUCGUGCAGGUGUAUUUACAGCGAGAAUGGGAUGGAGGAGCUGUACUGACACCUGCUCGCCACUGCAAUACUGCCGAUGAGCAGGUAAACAAUGAAAGGAACACUGCGCUCCUCUGCUCUCUUCAAACAACUGACUGCGGGGGUGCUGGAAAUCGUACCCCCACCGAUUUUGAGAUUGAUGAACUAUCCUGAGGAUAGGUCAUCAGUAUAGGAACCCGGACAACCCCUUUAAGGCCUUGUUCACACUUCUGUUUCUGUUUCCCCCAGGUUCUGCCAACAUUCAAUGCAAGCCAUGACUAUUGUGAACAGAGCCUUAAUUAUUAUCUUGCCAUCUUGUUUGGUGAUGUGCUUUAGAUAUUUGCUGACAAUGGGUUCCUAAUGCUCUCAAAAUUUUCACUCUGAACCACUUCAUAGCAAAUUCAGAGGAUUAAAGAAUAGAAAUUCCUUUAAAAGAGUCUUAAAAGAUUAGAAAUACACGGCUGCUCAUGGGCCGGUUCUAAUUCGCUUGCAUUGUGCUGAGCUGCAAUACCAGGUACAUCUCAUGGGCAAGAGUGGCGCUGGUUCUGGAAGUAGACCUGUUCUGCUAAUCUUAUCCAACCCCUUAAAUACAAUUUUGUUAGAUUCCCUUGGUCUUGAGAUUUUACCAAUAGUAAUGUAAUCGGCUGUGUGGAGUGUCAAGUGCUCUCCGAACCUUCAGCAGGCACUGGGCUGUUUUAGCAAGUCUGUAACUUGGAAUUCUUUGUAUAGCAUCUUAGACUUCUCCAAGUAAGUAGGCCCGAUAUCGCCCAUGGACAGGAUUUGCGCUGUUUCAGAAGCCAAAACAACCUUCUCUAAUAUGAACAACCAAUAUGUGCAGAAAUAAAUAGAAAUUAGCUGCAUCUGGGCAAUAAUAGAUGAUUUAUUAUAAUCAUCGUUCCAUAUGUAAGACUAAAUCUAUGUAUGGCAGGUUGGGUGAUCAACAGAACUUUAUUCCCAUGUAGAAGUGAAGUCCUAUAUAAUAGAAGGAAACCGGUCCUCCUCUGUAAGAUGCUGUGAUGCACAAAGGUAAAUCUGAAGGUUAGAUAGAGAAUAGAUCCAGCUUCAAAAAGUAGGGCCCGUCUGCUUCUGCUGCUGCAGUAAUAUCUUUCCAGUUCAUUAUUCUCAGUCAGGCAAAUUCCCUGUGAUUCCUUAUGGCCUGUCAUAAAAGAGUUAACUGGAGUACUCGGUUUGAGAAAUGGCCAAAUGUAACCUAUCCUUUUCCUUCAGGGUGCAUUGUGGAGGCUAUGCUUUAGGAUGCUGCCUCACUGAAAUAGUUGGGAGGAUCUCACGUGUGUCGUCGUUAGCUUGAAAUGAUUCACCAGUCUAGUUCUCUUUGCUGUAGACACGGUGUACAGCGGGCACAACACGUCAUCACACCAUACACUUCAGCCACACAAUCACGUAUUGCAAACCUUUGGUAGCCCGCCACACAAAAUCCUGCCUAAAGUGGAACUCUGCUUUCAGAAACAUUUCCUAGUUUAUAUCCAAAAACGUGGAGUAAAUUUUGCUAAAUUUUUACUUUAUAUAUUUAGUACUGGAUGUUUGUGACACAAUCUUACUCUCCAUUCACAUGCAGAGAGACCAAAGUUCUGCCUAUUGUCCUUAGGUUCUGCACAUAGGGCUGUAUUAUGGCUGAAGCAGAACACUAGAAUACGAUUGAAUAGCAUUGUGGCAAAAAUAUCGGCAAACAGGAGCUUGUAUUAUACUUGGCAUUAAAAGGGUUGUCUGGUCAGGUGUCGGACCUCCGCCAAUCUGAUAUUGAUGACCUAUCCUGAGGAUUAGGUCAUCAAUAGUAAAAGUCCAGACAACCCCUUUAAAUAAUAUGAUAUAUGGCCUAGCAAUAUAGGGUUGUCAAAGAUUACCAUUUAUUUGGGUGGGGAUAAGCUGCAAUACCGGAUACCGCCUAUUGGUGAGGUUGCACUGUUUCUUAUUCUAAUCUUAGAGAAAUACUUGUAUUCCUCAUGAAAUAACAAUUCUGGAGCAUCUGUUCUUAGAAGUCUGGGUUGUGCCAUUCCUCUAUUUCUCCUCCUAGAUAUGUAUGACCAUUCCCCUUGUCAAAGGGGUGUGCCCCUACACAGUCUGACACUAUGAGCACUGAUCGGACACCCCCAAUCAGUAACACCCAGUUGUCAAUUUAUUUAUUCAUUUCUAGGAGGAACAAUAAAGGAAUGGCUUAAGGGUAAACCCACUCUUGGUAGGUACGUUGCAGGUUUUCUUGUGGCAAAUCCGCACCAUUGUACAGUGCCGUCAAAGUGGAUGAGAAUUUAAGAAAACUCCAUGUGCUACGUAGAAAGUCCGCUGCAAAAUUUGACCUAAAAUGCAAAUUUAAAAUCUGCAGCAUGUCAUUUUUUAUGUUGUGGAUCUCCAGCAUGGAUUUCACCCUUUGCAACAGAGACCCACGGCCAUUUCAUCUUCAAAAGCUGCAUGUAAUAACCUGCGGUUUUUGCCAUGGAUCCUUUUGCGCUGUGUUUUCAGUGAAGUGUGGAAAAACCUAACAGUUGUAAGAAAAGAUGCAUGCAUUUACUAAAAUAGACCUGCCAGGUGUGUACUUUAAAUAUACCUGCCAUAUAAGCUCAGUUCUACAGUGCACUACUCAGUACAAGGCAGUGAAAUGCUUUGGGUGUGAACAGAGAGAAAUCCUCCUAUAACUUAAAAUCCGUACAUUCACAGCUACUUAAAGUGAACCUGUCACCACAGAAUGCAGUGUAAUCUACAGGCAUCAGGUUAUAGAGCAGGAGGAGCUGAGCAGAAUGAUAUACAGUUUUGUGGGAAAAGAUUUAGUAAGUCUUGUAAUUUAUACAUAUAUCUCUGCUUUUUCUGAACUCGAGAAUGCCUCCGUGUACAGCUAUCAGUGACUGACCGCUAUCUCAGUGUACACCCUUGCACAGAGAAUUCUAUCAAUUUAGUGAUCGCAUCUCCCCUGUGCACAGCUAUCAGUGACUGACAUCUCUGUAUACGCACUCAUUGUUUGCUGGCAGCAGAUACUGUUUACACAUCACAAUCUGCUGCCAGCAAAUUAUUUUUUUUGUGACCACAUGAAUGAUAUAUUACCCGAUGAACUAGCGCUUCGCUCAUUCAUUGCGGCACUUUUACACCUCCAGAUAUUUACUAACAAACGUUCCUAUGAACGCUUGUGUACAGCUAUCAGUGACUGACAGCUAUCUCUGUAUACACACUUACACAGAGAAUGCUAUCAAUCACUGGUAACACCUCCCCUGUGCACAGCUAUCAGUGACUGACAGC